CUUUUAUCCCUCGGUGAUAUAAGCAAAAACAACUUUUUUUUUUCUUUCAUCUCACAAUGUCUAAAUUUGCUGAUUUUCGUCUGCAUGCCCAAAAGGCUGUAUCGGAAUGCAUUGAAGCAGCAGCACAUCACAGACAUUCAUCAAAUACCAAUACAUUACCACCACAAUUUGUUCAAUCACUUGUUCAGACUCACAUUGCACCAAUCGGUGGAUCAGAAAAUACAUUGAAUGUGGUAUUGGUGGAAGGAAAAGCUGACUGGAGAAAAAGUGCCUUGGAACUUGUUUUCCGUAGAUCACUUUUAAAUAUUAUGAAUAAAUGGCCAGAAGCAGAAAAGGAGCGUUUUUAUCAACUAUCCGAUUGUCUUGAUAUUGCUCUGACUAGUUCAGAAUCUGAUUAUUUGGAUACUGUCAUUCCACUCACCUUGAUCGAAGAACUUUUGGACGUGCACACUAUUGCAGGCUGUGAAGAUUUCUUUGACUAUGUUGAAAAAAGAAAAGAACAUUUGAUUGUGAAUAUGGUUCCUGGUAGAGGAAAGGGCCUAGUUCUUUUACGUAUGUGCAAUGAAAUGUUGCGAAGACUAUCCCAAGAAAAGAACAUGGUAUUCUGUGGUCGCAUUCUUAUGUUUCUCGCCAACUCUCUUCCAUUGGGAGAACGAUCAGGCGUCAAUCUUAGAGGAGACUUUAAUAAUGAGCCUAUACACUGUGAUAAAGAUGAAGAUGUCAACGCCGAUCCAACUAUGACAGAUGAGCAAAAGGCAUUCUAUAAAUUGUUCUGGUCCAUCCGAAAAUACUUUUCUAGUCCACCGACCAUCUUCCAAGGCGAAAACUUUAUUGAACUACAAAGGGGUGCAGAGGCCAUUUUGGAAAGAUUUCAAACUAUUGCUAGCCAAGAAAAGGCCAUGUCGGGUGAUUCGGAUAUUGUAGAGACUUCGGGAAGAAAACGAAAGAGAAUGGCAGGCAGCUCAAUAGAUGACCCCGAUGAUGCAGAAGAAAUGUUGAAAGAAAUCAACCACGAUUAUCAAUUUCCACGAUUAUUGAGCAGCCGAAAGCUGUUAGAAUUAGAAAUGGAGGAUGCUAGGUUUCGCCGUAAUGUGAUUGUCCAGUUCUUGAUUUUGUUUCAAUAUCUUUCUGGAUUCACACAAACCGAAAAGGAGAAUACACAACAACUGUUGGCUGCACGUGGGGCAACAAAGCAAUCGCUUGCCCAGCCCCCUUUUAGUUUGGAAGAAGAGCAAAAUCAAUGGGUUAUUAACAUGCGAGAAUCUCUUUUGAAUCUUCUCCGGUUGACAAAACCUCAUGGUGAGCUCUACACGGAUAUUGUACUUACAAUACUGCGUCACGAACGCAAUUGGAUCAUUUGGAAAGCAUCUGGCUGUCCUGCUUUUGAAAAACCUCCAAUUAAUGCUGAAGAAUUGAAACAGAUUUGGCAAAACAAGAAGCCUAAAAUGACAAGACCUUCUCCUCCUUACCGUUUCUUGUAUGGUAAUGUUGAGAUGACCCAAAUGUAUGGAAAACCUCACGAGACAUUGAGCGAAGUGAUGCUCUCUAGACGUAAAAUGCCUGAACCUAUCCUUGUACUUGAAAAGGCACUUUUGGAACUAAAUAAGAAUGCGGCUACAUCUUCAAUUGAGGAACGAUUUGAUCUUGCCAAUGGUGCACUAUUCCAGGCUACUCGACUUAUGUGCCGCUCGCAUGCAUAUCUGAUACCAAAGGUAUACCAGUCGAAGAAAGAAGUCUACAAAGUGCUCUGGGAAUCCAACAUGAAUAUCGAUGAAAAGCCAGGAACGGAUGCCAAACCAACAGGUCCUGAGAGAGGUACAGGAGAGCCAGUGACUGCGCGCCAUGUAGAGGCUGAGAUUCAGGUGCUUCAGAAUGCAAAAGAGAUACUUUCCAAAGAGUUGUUGUAAAAAAAACGGAUUUAUAGAUGUGCAUAGUGAGAAAACAUAAAGUAAUUAUACGCACAUGCACAUGCAUAUGCACAUGCACGCACACAAAUAAAAAAAUAAUAAUUAAAGGAUAUUGGUGAAAGCACAAUAGAUCGAUCAAUACAUCAUAAAUAGGUUUGUAACAAAAAAACAAGGGGAAGAAAGAAGUAAGGCUUCGAUUAAUUAAAGAAUGCAAUUUAUUCAACU